ACAGCAUAUUGAUGUUAUCUUUUACUACUUGCGGAAGAAAGGCAAGUACGAAAAGGGUAACAGAUUCAAAUUCACAACAGUUGACUGUAUGUUCUUCUCCAAAAUUGAUGAAAUUCAUCGUGCAUAUGCUAAUCCGGAGGGGACCAGUAGUGUUGCCAGUUCGGAGAACGAAAUAUGUGAGUACAUUAAUGGGCAUAGGAUGCUAGCUAAUGUGCCAUGGCAUACAGUUGAUUGUGUUCUCAUCCCUGUCAACAUCAAAGAGGAAAAUCACUGGAUCUUGAUUAUAGUGCCAUUCACUGACAGGUAUUCCUACUUUUUAAAAAAAAAAAAAAAAUUCAUUAAAUCUGCAUAUCUCCCUGUAUGUUCCUCGUAUUUCUAUCCUACAAGGUCCGUAUGAAAUUUAAUUUACCAACCUGUUAACCGAGCUGAUGUAAUUUUCUUUUACGUGCAGGCGUCUGUACAUCUACAACUCAUACCGAGCUUCUGGUCAUGAUGUCAUUGUUAGAAGAGAAAUACACAAGAUAGCUACCCUAUUGCCACAUCAUCUACAUUUGUCUGGAUUUUAUGAGAAAAAAAAAAGGCAUCGAUUGGAUUAACCACCCAUCAUACAAGGGCAAACAACAGACUGAUGACUUUCAAGUCAUGUAUGUGAACGACGUGCCACAACAAGCCUCUGGCAGCAUGGAUUGUGGUGUGUAUGUUGCCGCAUUUGCUGAAUACUUUUGUUCUGGACGAGGCAUUCCAUCUGAAAUUGAUGCAGAAACACUACGUAAUAGAUACGGGGCAUUACUAUGGGAAUACGGAUGGCAAAAGGCUGAUUUGAAUGCGUUCAGUGACAAUGAACUGCCGCCAAGACCAGUUAGGCCUGCCAUAGAUUACAACGCGGUCGACACAGUAGUUGUUAAUUAGUCCACUAGGUUUUAAUGUUGAAUCGAUU